UUUUGAACUGUCAUCAUGCAGCACGACUGAGGACACAGAACACAAUACCAACAGCCUGGCUGUGUUUCACCAUGUGACGUUAUUCACACCGUACAGGUAUGUGUUCGGAGUUUCCCGGAACAUUACAUUUCUCCGGAGAGUCAGUAAACAUACCCUGACUGACGUUACACCGAAAACAGAACCGAGAAUGGAGAGCUGUCCCGAACAAACGCCCCUCUUUACCUUCGGGGUGAUAGCGGACAUUCAGUACGCAGAUAUCGACGACGGGUUUAACUUCACCCGGACACGGAGGAGGUACUACCGGAGCAGCCUCCAGCUCUUAAAAAGCGCCAUCGACUGUUGGACAGAGUCCACCGUGAAACCGAAGUUUAUCCUCCAGCUUGGAGACAUCAUUGACGGUUUUAACAAGAAUCACGGCACCUCACACCGAGCUCUGGACACGGUGCUGACCGAGCUCAGCUCCGGGCCCGCCGAGGUCCACCAUGUGUGGGGGAACCACGAGUUUUAUAACUUCAGCCGGAGCGAGCUGCUGCGUUCACGGCUCAACAGCACUCUACACUCCGAGAGGAGCGUGAACGCAGCACCGGCUGACAGUGAGGUGUACGCGUACAGCUUCAGCCCGGUGCCCGGUUUUACUUUCGUUAUUCUGGACGGUUACGAUGUGAGUCUGCUGGGCAGAGAGGAGAGCAGUGACCGGUACCGAGACUCCCUGAGUCUGAUCCGAGAACACAACGACAACGACGACCUCAACUGUCCGGUGUUCAAAGGUCUGGAGGAGAGAUACACGAUGUUUAACGGAGGCUUCAGUAAAGUCCAGCUGGACUGGCUUGAUUCUGUUCUGUCGUCAUGUGAUGAGAAACAGGACCGAGUCACUGUCGUCUGUCACCUCCCCGUCCACCCUGACUCCACCACCCCCAUCUGCCUCGCCUGGAACUACGACGAGCUGCUGGCCGUCCUCCGCUCUCACCGCUGUGUGGUGUGCUUCAUGGCCGGGCACGACCACGAGGGAGGAUACCACAAAGACGAAGACGCGGGGACGCACCACCUCACCUUAGAGGGCGUCAUCGAGACUCCGCCCGACAGCAACGCCUUCGCCACCGUCUCCGUGUACGAGGACCGGAUGGAGCUGAGAGGAUACGGGAGGGUUCGGGAUCGGGUGUUCCUGUUUCCAUGACGACCACAGGAGCAACACGGCGAAUGCAAUGACAGAUUCACAGAUUAAAAUAAAUAUCUGUUAGCUUUGAAUUCAAAGACAGACAGUCAGAUUUAUUUUAUUUCCUUAAUUUGAAGGAGUAAAAAAAAAAACGACCUGCACGGCAGACACACACACACACACCGUCGAGGGAGAAGUGUGUGUGUGUUUAACGGGACAUUAACAGUCCAUAGGCGCCUAAAACAGCGCCCAAAAGAAUCGGUUAAUUUAGUAAAGAUGAUUGCGCUGCUCGUCUGUGUUAACUACUCACUUCAACAAACAUUCACCAAAGACGCUGACAUCUUUAACUUCUGUUGGACACAGCCUCAUGUUGAUUUAUGUUUUAAAUGCAGAGUCGUGAUGAAUUACCUCAGCUGAACAGAAACAGUACCUCUGAUUAUUUCAUCUACUUUUUAUUGUUUAAUCCUGACAGAGAGGGGGAUGUUUCUCCUGUGUUGAUUAUUUUAUAUUCCAGCGGUAAAAUGACACACUUUGAAUAAUUAUACGCUCAGAUUUUAAGAUGGAGGAGGUUAUUUUCUACUGCUGCCUUUUUUUCAAAGCAGCGCUGGUUUAUUUUCUUACUCUGUUGUUUUUUUGAAGGAUGUGUCGGGUGAUGUGGAUUGAUUUUAAAAAUGCAAUUCUGUGUUUUACGACGUAAAAACGAUGCAAGGUGCUAUAAAACAUCAUAAUGACA